GCAGUGGAUUGAAGAGCUGUACGUACAACGAGUAUAGUCUCAUAUCGAGAUGGUUGAGGGGAGCCUUCGGUCUUACGAUCCACUGGCGUACCACGUUAACAACUUGGAGGAUAUCAAACCAGAAGUAGUCCGGGCCCACCGCCAAAACAACGGCGAUGAAAUCAAGAGGCUACUUGCACAGGGCGACCCGAGUGACUACGAUGUCUUCAUCUGCGUCAACAGUGGCUGGCACGCCUUCGUACUGUGCGUCCCAGCGAACGAAGUGACUCCAAAAAAUGACCCGAUGAACGUCUUCCAAGACAUGCCCACGGACGACCCGUUCGCCAUUCCCAACCAGCUUCUCGUCUGGGAGACGGAGCUCUGCUUCGAGUCAGAGGAGCAGAGGAUGUACAAGAUUCGCUUCAAGUUGUCCAUGUUUGGGGAGCUCAAACCCAAGAUCAAGAGGUCCUUCUACAUCGGCAAGUACAAGCAGGUGCCGGUGAGUGGGCUGCAGUUUGCAAUACUGAGGGCCUCCCCAAAGCGCUACAAGGUCCUCCUGGACGACUGCGUGGAGUUCGCCAAGACCUUCUGCUACGAGCUGUUGUCUUUCAGCGGCAACGGGCGAGAGAUCGAGAAGUCAGUGGAGGAGCGGCUAGUGUCGGCGUCCGGCUCGGGGCUCAGCGUGGAGGUCCUAUCCCGCAGGAUCCAGAGUUCAGCCCUGCUUGGCAAUACGUUCCUAGGAGGAGUUGACGCAUCCGCCUUUCUCAGCGCUGGGCGGCGACCAGCGGUCAUCAUUUGCCUGGUGUUGUUCUUGGUGCUUUACCCCAUAGUUGUGCCUCUGCUGGUGUGUUACAUGGUAAUGUCGAUGAUGACGUCGAAGUAAACGGCGAGCAGCCGUGUUUCUCGUAGAGAUACAUUUAGGAUAGCCACAGCGAUAUGUAAUCAUAGUUAUGACAAGAACACAAAGCAUCACCAGCCGUGCCAUGCCACCGAAGAAAAGGUCGAAGUUUAUCAAACGAUCCGCCUACCGAAUCCCUAGUUCUUGUAUAUGACUCAGAUACCUAGUCAAUUGGCCAGGAACUUUCCACGUUCGAUUUCUUGAAUGCAUGAUAUUAGCAAGGAUAAAGUCCCACAUGCAUUACAAAGCCAUAUAGCGCCAUCUGUCACGUCUGUAUACUGCAUCGAAGGCCGAUCUCAUCCGUAGCACCGCAUUGGCGUAUAUAUACGGUUAGUUAUCCGACAGACAUCCAAGUGGUUGGGUGCGGCAUUUUAAGCGCAAACAGAUCUACACAGCUCGACGAAAAGCCUUUCUUUGAAAUGCUUUAAUGUACAUGCAUGGCCAGGGGCGUAAACCCGGAGGGGGUGGGAGUAUAUAUAUAUCCCCCCACUUUUUGACCAGGGGAUGGGCUAUUGCAUUAUCCCCCACUUUUUCGUGAUGAGAAAAAAAAUGCGGAUUUUGAGGUAUUUUUCGAACAUCCCAACAGCAAAAAAUGUAUUCAAUGGCACUGAAAAGGGGAGAAACAAAGUAAAAAAGCUUUUAAAGUGCGCCGUUUUGAUGUAAGCGCGAGUAUACAUAUUGAUUUACCUCUA